AUGAGGUCAUCCACAGUCUUUGACAGCACAAGAUCAAACAUGACUUCUGAGGAGGAUCUCGCAUGGUUUCAAUCAACCUUCCGUCCUAUCCCAAAACCAGAGCUCCCCGACGACGCUGUCGACUACUCAAUUUAUCAUAUCCCGCCUUCCCCCACCCUCGCCGUUAUCGAUGAAGCUGCCGAGACCCGAGCACGAUUGCUUGAGGUGCAACGUACAGCAGCGGAUUUAACCAAAGAUUUGCUCAAGGAUUACAUCUGGCAGCGUGAGGCCUUUCGAUUGGAAAUUACAAAAGAAGAUGGAAUCACCUCACUACAGGGUCGCACCAUCUUCGGCGACUCCAUUGAAGAUGAAUGGGUCAUUGUGUACUUCCUCCGUGAACUGACCAAGCGGCACAAAGAUAUCUGGGUCAAAGUGGCGGACGGCGAUGGCGAGUUUCUUCUCAUUGAGGCUGCGGGGACACUCCCAGCAUGGAUAGAGCCAGAUGUCGCAGACAAUAGAGUGUGGAUUAACCAAGGAGAGCUCCGAAUCAUCAAGCCCAAGCAGGAGGCGAAGCGACAGGUCACCGAGAAAAUUUCACUUCCAGAGGCACGAAAGAUUAUCCAGAACGAACCCAUUCGCCUUCUUCGCUCGACAAUAAUUCAAGAAGAGGCCUUUUACCGUCUGCGCAAGUACCCCCAGCAAAUCAGCGAAAAUCUUCACUCCGCCAUCAUCACAAUUCCUCGCAAGGCUGCAUUCCUCCUACACCAAAAGCCAGCCUACAUCUCACCUGCUGUGGAGGCGUUCUAUGUUCGUGAUCCCAUCGCUUUGCGACCACUACGAGCGAAGGAUGCGUCCGACCUUGUUUUCAAGCCGGACGACUUGGUCGACGUUAGUGUUCGGUUUACCCGUGUCGGAUAUGCGCAACUCAAAAGCCAGGAAUUCCCUGUGCCAAAUACCUGGGCGGGCAAGCUGCCAUCGACUGAGGAUCACAAAGCAUAUGAGCGGGCGGAAGCGGGAAUGAAACUUGCGUGUGGAUUCGAGAUGCUGCUGUACGACCCCCAAAAUCAAGAUAAGCCUGCAGUCAGGGAAAUGAAGUUCCUGCUCGAGGAUGUGGAGACAGGGGACGAAACCCUUCCCACUGAUCAAGAAAUCCAAGAAACCUGGGACAAGCGAGAAGACGAUGAAAAAUGGCUGGAUAUCAACUAUGAAGAUCUGGAGACAGAGCUCAAAGGAAGAGGCGAAGGAAAGGGAGCAGAUGCUGGCAAAUUCGGUGACUCUGGUGCCCAGGAAAAUCUUCAACGGAUCGUGGCUCGCUUUGAAGAGUUCCUGAAUGACAACUCAGCGGGCUUCGAUGGUGCCGAUUUCAUUGAUGACUUUGAGUCGGAUUCUGAUGUCGAUGUCGAUGAUGAUGAUGACGAAGAAGUCGACAGUGAAGGCGAGGAUAAGGACGCGUCAUUCAACGAAGAGGAAUUCUCCCGAAUGAUGAAAGAGAUGAUGGGCAUGCCCUCUGCAUCCGAUUCCAUCCGCAAACGAGUGGAAGACCUCGACUCGGACGGGGAAGACGACACGGAGCAGAUCAAGGAGCUUUCCCGACGAAUGGAGGCGGAAUUACAAGGAACGGGUGUGCUCGAUCUCAACCGACGCCCGCAGGAAUUGUCCUCUGACGAAGCAAGUGCAUCCAAAGGAAAGGCUGCCAAGACCUCCAAUGAAGAUGAUGAGGAUGAGAACAUCAACAUCAACCUCGCUAAGAAUUUGCUGGAGAGUCUUCAAGGCCAAGCUGGAGCUUCUGGUCCGGCGGGCAAUAUGCUGUCAAUGAUGAACAUGCGCAUGCCUAAAUAUGAUCGCCCUUGA